UUUCCCGUUCGUUGUUCGGAUUGUCUGCAAACAAAAUGGCUUCGAGUUGUGAGAAACUCGACCAGCUAGUUAAAGACUAUUUGUUGUUUAGGGGAUUUUCUGCUACUUUGAAAACCCUCGACCAGGAAUUAAAAACUGACAAAGAUAAAGGUUUAAGGGUUGAUCGCAUGAUGGAGCAAAUUUGGACACUUUUGUCUGGUUAUGACUUACCUGGCCUUCGUGAGUAUUGGCGCUAUCUGAAUCAACGGCUGUUUUCACGACUGGAACAACGCUAUGCAUCCAGUGUGCGCAAAUUGGAAAGCAGCCUGCUCAAGCUGUAUGUAGUCAAUGCUCAUCAGUGCAACCGUCAGGAUAAAGUGCUUGCUUUUUUUGAACAGAUGGGAGGGGAAUUGCAGACACAUGCAGAUUUCAAGGACUGGUUUGCCUUUCCAUUUGUAAGCAAUCCAGCCGAGAAUCCUAUGUAUUCUCUUUACUUCCAAAAGCAGUGGCAAGACACACUACAGCUUUCCCUACACAACUUUCUUUCGGUUGUUCUGCAAGCCAUGCCUGUACCUACAUUACUCAAUGUAGAGUUUGAUGCAAGAAGAAUGAAAACUCUGCAGGAAGAAAACUCUCUACUGAAGCAGCAGCUUUUGAACUCGGCUGCCAACACAGAUGCAUUAGUGAGAGAAACUCGUGCUGGCACGAGGAGGAACAUACAUGCUGAGCUCCACCCGCCUUCCUCCCCACCAGACAUGGUCUAUGAUUUUUCAGGAUUGGCCAGCGAUGCAGACACAGGAAGUCAAGAAAAGCAAAAGCCUGUGAGAAGAUUUCCUCUCAGCUUAACCUCUCCCCUCGGUGGAAGAAGGAAAUCUGAGAAUGCACAGACAAAGUCUAAAUCUGCUGCCAGCUCAGGUGUCUCUUUGUCAGCCUCUGCCUCUGGUGGAGCAUCCACCUCAGGUGGUCAAAGUAAGACAGCCAAAGUUACUGAGAUGUCUAUCUUCCCACCACCGGCUGCAGCUAGACUUCAAAGUGAGAGUAAAAAGUCACAAGCUGUGUCAAUGGCAGCUUCUACAGCAGCCACAUCAGCUUCUUCUGCUCGUCAGCUCAACACUGCCAGAUUUGGUACAUCAUCGCCGGCCCCUCGGCGGAGCUCCCCAGUCCAGCCUGUGAAGCAACAGGCACACUCCACUCACGAGUCAAUCAGCACUACAACUGUGACCCAAUCUUUUACUAGUCGUUCCUUGUCAGUUCCCAAUCACAGUGCAGCAAGUUUCAGCAAACUUUCCAGUCAAGCUGCACCAGAAAUGGCCAACAAGCUACUUCAUCAGUGGUCAGAAGAGGGUAAAAGUUUGCCGCCUGGUAGCUUUUCAGUAGAAACAGAUCUCUUGGUGGCUGCUGAUUGUGAUAGUCCAUUCCUGCUCUUAGAGGAUGAGUAUCGAGAACAUGGGUCAACGGCUUCAUUUUGUCGCUUCAGCGUCACAGGACAGUAUAUUGCCAGUCUGGACGUAGAUGGCAUUGUCAAGGUGUGGAUGUGGAGCCCGCAGCCAGCCACUCAGGCCACCAUCAUGUCCAAGUCGGCGUUUCUCUCCCUGUCCUGGGUCAGCAAAUCUGACAGAUGGCUUCUCCUGGGUAACAAGACUGGCAGCAUUCGUUUGUUUGACGUGAAAGAGAGCAAAACAUUCCGAGAAGUCAUGGUCCAACCAGAUGCCCCUGCAAACUGUAUGAGAGUGACUGACCUAUCCACCAACCCGUCCAGCAGUCAGUUUGUGUGUGCAACCUCUGACCACUGCCCCUUCCUCAGUGACCCAAGCUCUCUCAGUGGGCGACUUCUACAGUGGGACUUGCGCACAUUGAAAUUAGAAAGAGCUCUGAUGGUGGAGUCUAGCACUACAAACGCUAUCACUUGUUCCUGCUACAGUCGUGAUGGUCAGACCUUGGCCACUGGAGGGGCUGAUGGAUGGGUUCGGCUCUAUGAUGCCAACCAGCAGAAAGCAGUGAAAAAGUGGCAGGCUCAUGAAGGACCCAUUCACUCAGUGCAGUUUCAUGCCAGUGGGUCUGUGUACAGCAUGGCUGCUGAUGGCAAGUUGAGUGAGUGGAGUAUGGCUCGACCCGGACAGUUGCUGAAUUCCUUGAAGGUUGGUCAGCGGAACUUGACGCUUGUCUCCCCUGGCAGCACGCGGGGCCGACUGUUUGCCCUGGACGUGGAGGGCCAGCAUCUGCUCACUUACUCAGGCCGACGUGGAGCUAUCUAUAAGGGCUCUGGGUCGUCGGCUCUGCAGUGCAUCAUGGAACUCAAGAACCACAUGUCGCCGGUGAUCACCGUUGACUGGUCGCCCUCCCAGGACACCCGUGUCUGCCUCACCAGCUCCGUGGAUGGGAAAAUCAAAAUAUCCACUCUGCUCCAGAAUGAUGGGAAACAAUAAGACUUGUUGACUGCGGUAGAACCUGGAUAAUGUCGGCUCGGUGAAUGGAAAUAUUUGGAUAAUGUCAGUGUUCUCAGAAUAGACAAACAGAUUCAAUCAAAUCUGCUCUAUCGGCACCUGUCCAAGACAAUCAGCAGUACAAACCACCCCUUCCCACCUUGCAUUUUUUUU